UGUUUCUUCUUAUAUUAUAAUCCCCUCCGAUCCAUUCGAUCCAACAAUAUCAAAACCACUGCCCGAAGAGAAAAAGGAAGCAAAAAAGAGAGAAAACUUGCAUUCUCCGUGUAACCUUCGUAGUGUAAAGUUCUUAAUAAACACAGACUCAAAUCCUUUAGCUCAACAUUCCGCCUGACUUUUUUUUUAUUUAAUUCACCAACUCAUCAUCCAUUCCGGACUCUCUCAUUAUAAUACCAACCCCGUCCACCGAGCAAGCAAAGCAAGCACUCGUUAAUUUUAACUUUAACCAAACCAACAAAAUACUGCAUGCAUAAAACAUACACACUCGAGAAUAAUAAUGGCGAGAUUGUACAUACUACUUACUGCCAUCACCAAAUAUUAACUACUACAACACCACCAUGGACCAGGAUAGCAGCGAGUCCUCCUCCUCCACGAUAGAAUAAUAAUUUGUUAUAGACGAGAAGAGACCAUUUGGUUACAUAGUUGCAUUUCGAUUCAAUCCACGUUCAAAACCACCACCCCACAGACAGUCCUGUCCGUCAAGUCAGACAGACAGCUACACUACACACAUGUUUCUCGUCGAUUUGAUUUCUUCUGCCCUAUUAAUUAGUUGAGCAUUGAUUUGAUAUAGACACUCACCACUUAAUUCGAUAAGUGGUUGACUGACUGAGUGAGUGAUUGUGAUUUGGUGUGAUGAUUGCCAAGAAGUUUGUCGUGGCUGCCAGGCCGAUGGGUGGAUUGGCAAAGCAGGACGACUUUAGCCUCGUGGAGGAGGAAUUACUCAAUUUGUGCGAAGGAGAGAUUCUGGUCAGAGCGGAAUGGUUUGCAGUGGAACGCUUCAUGUUAAAGAGGAUGGAACAGAUACCGAUCGGGGCUCAAAUGGUGGGGGCACAAGUGGCGAGAGUCAUUGACAGCAGGUGUCCCGACUUCCCGGUGGGGACUCAGGUCGUCGGGUUCUUUGGGUGGAGAGACCUCACCGUGUACCGUGUUCCAAGUCGAGGUAUGGAGAGUUAUUUCUCAAUGUAUGAAAUUCCUGACUUGAAAGGACUUCAUUGCACUCAUGCGAUCGGUGCAUGUGGGUUAACGGGAAUUUCCGGAUAUUUCGCAAUCCAAAAAGUAUUUGAUCCUGCUCCCGGAGAGACGGUGGUGAUUUCGACCGCGGCAGGAGCUACGGGAAGUGUUGCUGGACAAGUAGCAAAAAUUCGGGGCUGUAAAGUGAUAGGACUGGCGGGGACGGAUGACAAAGUUGCGUGGCUCAAGAGUGCCGGUUUUGACCACGCCAUCAAUUACAAGAAUACAGAUCUGGACGAAACGCUGCGACUGGUAGCGCCGAACGGUGUGGACUGUUACUUUGCUAAUAACUGCCAGGGUGGGAUUGUCCUCAUGACUGUGUUAAAACAUAUGAAUUCUGGGGGAAGGAUUGCGUAUUGUACCUCCAAUUUUAACCAUGGAAGAAAUAAACAAGCCGUCUUUGAUUUCGAAACAUUCGUAGUAAAACAAAUUAAGAUGGAAGCAUUCGUCGCGUCAAGAUGGAUCGAUGAGUGGUUUGAUACCGCAGAGAAAAUUAGGGACUGGAUUCUCGAAGGUCGCAUAAAGGUCGCCGAAACAGUGAAGGAUGGAUUCGAAUCGCUGCCUCAAGCCAUGAUGGAUUUAUUCAGUAGUGGAAAAUGUUUGGGAAAGAUGAUCGUGAAAGCGUGAAAUUUAGCCUUUAGAGUUGUUGAUCUUGAUCUUUGUUAUUAUUUACACUUCUCGGGAUGGAUGAGUAAAGAGAUAAGAUUUCGUAAAAAAAGAUAGAAAGUGCA